GUGAGGAGUUGGCAGGCCCAGCACCAACUCGAGGCGGGGACGCCACGCCUCACACGGCGACGGCCGCACCACCAUCCCCCAUCCGUUCCCCUCCACGCCGCCGCGCCGCCGCCGCUGCCGCCUCCCAUGGCGGACUUCGGCGACGAGCUCUUCCUCGACGUCGGCGACGACGGGUUCGGCGACCUCUCCUACGUCACGUUCUCCCAGUCCAUCGAGGAGGAUCUCGCCUGCCCACGCAACCUCCUCUCCCCGGGCUUCGACCUGGGAACCCUAACCCCCACCCCGGGCUCCCCCUUCUCCUUCGACUCCGACCCCGACCUCCGCGGCCUCUCCCCCUCGCGGCCCCGCUCCCCGCCCUUCUGGGACUGCCUCGAGGACGAGCUCGCCGACCACGGCUUCGAGUGGGAGGAGAUCGCCGACGCUGCCCCCGGCGUCGGCGGCAGGGCUGCAGCUGUUGGUGAUGGUGGUGGAGGGGGAGGGCGAGGACUAGAAGUCGAUGUCGACGCGGACGUCUUCGGGUUCCUCGACGAGCGGGAGUUGCUGGGCGCGAUGGAGGGGAUCGACAGCGGGGACGACGACUCGAUCUUCUCCCACGAGCCGCCAUUCGACUUCGGCGACGGCGACGCGGAGCUCGACGGCAUCUUCCGGAGCGGCGUCGGGUGGGAGCUGCUCCCGGUGCCGCUGGACGAGGACGACUUCGAGGUGCUGCCGGGGCACCUCGCGGACGCGGCGGCGGGCGGGGCCCCGCCGGCGGCGCGCGCGGCGGUGGAGCGGCUCCAGGUGGUGGCCGUCCGGGGGGAGGAGGCCGCGCAGGGGUGCGCCGUGUGCAAGGACGGGCUCGCGCAGGGGGAGCUCGCCACUCGGCUGCCCUGCGGGCAUUUCUACCACGGGGUGUGCAUUGGGCCAUGGCUUGCCAUACGGAACUCGUGCCCAGUGUGCCGGUACGAGCUGCCCACUGACGACCCUGAGUACGAGCGGCGAAGGGCGAGGCGCCGUUCCACUGGUGGCUCGACGGCGCAGUUGGGUGCCCCGAUGCAAAUUUGAACUAGGGCGACUUGGUGGUGCAACUGGAUCUUGCUAGCAGUUCGAUUGCUUAAAACUGCAUAUAGAUUAUAUACACGGACUCUUCCCAAGCCAGAACUUAUCUAGAUCAAUUUCUUUGGAUCAAAUACUAUUUCACAAAUAGG